AUUUGCGGAAUUAAUCACACAAUAACUGCUGAUUUACUAGAAGAUGCAGAUAGCAUUUGCAAUGAACUGUUGUCCAUAUUAAAAAUUGUAUAUAAAGCUAGAUUAACGAUGGAGAACACAAACAAAUCAUCCAAACAAAAAUCGAUAGACGUCGACGUUGACCUUGAAGAAUACAAUACAAUACAAUACAAUUUUUUUUUUAGCGUCAGUAAUAAAGAAGAAGAUGGAGCAGCCCUUUAG